AUGUGUUGUCUUCCAGAUCUGCCCAUCGAAAUACGGCUGGAGAUCGCAGCAUACUUGGGUGGCCAAGAGCUAUUUGCGUUCGCGCAGUCUUGCCAAGGCCUAUACUCCACUCUGUGGCCGACUGUUUUGACAUUCAAUGUUAAAUACCAAAACAGUAUUCUACUACAUUUGGCGGCGAAACCCAACGACGUUUCUCUUGCAGAAGCUUUGCUUCACUGCCACGCCAACGUCAAUGCGUUUUUCCGGGGAAAGACGCCAAUUAUGAGGGCAUCGGAACACUCUGCUACCAAGGUGCUGAAACUCCGUUGCAAGCGCCAAAGGUAG